AUGCUCACAAAUCCCACGUGUGUCCGAACUCUGAAUGAAGUUGGGGUCGACGUCUUUGCCUUGGUGGACUUGGCCGAUUUCAUCUUUGAGCAGAAGGAUCACCUUGACUUCGCGGCAUUCAUGGAUGCUGUUCUGCAGCUGAGAGGAAGCAAUACUGCGACCGUAAAGGACAUUGUAGAUCUGCAGAAGCUCAUCGUGAAUCAUUUCAAAGUGAUGGAAGAUGUAAUUGCUGAGCUUGCCGGCAAAAGUGGCCAAACACCACCGAUGCUUGCUUAG